AGCUUCAGUGGAGAUCUUUGCAGAUAAAAGACGACGUGAAGCUCUAACAGAAGAUUCUACAGGGACAAGACAAACUAAAGCUUCAGUGGAGAUCUUUGCAGAUAAAAGACGACGUGAAGCUCUAACGGAAUAUUCUACAGGGACAAGACAAACUAAAGCUUCGGUGGAGAUCUUUGCAGAUAAAAGACGACGUGAAACUCUAACAGAAGAUUCUACAGGCUCGUUCUCCCUCUCCACAGAUGGAAGAUAACAUUUUGGAUCAGAGUGCUCCUAUGCGUGUGUUGGUUACCGGGGGGACCGGUUUGGUGGGUAGGGCCAUACAGCAUGUGGUCCGUGAAGAGCGAGGGAUCCGGGAGGGUGAGGAGUGGAUCUUCCUCUCUUCUACGGACGCAAACCUCAUGGACGCGGGUGAGACACGGGAGGUGUUUCAGAAACACCAGCCAACACAUGUCAUUCACUUGGCAGCCAUGGUUGGAGGACUCUUCAAAAACAUGAGAGCCAACCUGGACUUCUGGAGGAACAACAUUUACAUCAAUGACAACGUUCUUCAGGCUGCUCACGAGGUGGAUGCUGUCCGGGUGGUCUCAUGUCUGUCCACCUGCAUCUUCCCUGACAAGACCACCUACCCCGUUGAUGAGACCAUGAUCCACAAUGGCCCUCCUCACAAAUCUAACUUUGGCUACUCCUACGCCAAGAGAAUGCUCGAUGUUUACAACAGGGCGUAUCACGACCAAGAGCGUGGGCGUUUCUACACGGCAGUGAUACCAACCAAUGUGUUUGGUCCUCAUGAUAAUUUCAACAUCAAGCACGGGCAUGUUCUACCAGGACUCAUACACAAAGCCUACAUCGCUCAGAAGGAGGGCAGUCCAUUAGUGGUGUGGGGCUCAGGAACUCCCAGAAGGCAGUUCAUCUACUCGUUGGACCUGGCUCGCCUCUUCCUCUGGGUGCUGACAGAGUACCAAGAAGUGGAACCCAUUAUCCUGUCUGUCGGUGAGGAAGAAGAGGUGUCCAUCAAGGAGGCAGCAGAGGCUGUUGUCGAGGUGAUGAGGUUCAAGGGUCAAGUGACUUAUGACACAACUAAAGCAGAUGGACAGUUCAAGAAGACAGCCAGUAACGCCAAGCUUCGCCAGUACUGUCCCAACUUCACCUUCACCCCCUUCAAACAAGCCCUGAAGGAGACUUGUGAUUGGUUUGUGGCCAACUACGACUCCGCCCGCAAGUAAAGAUUCCUCCAAUUGGAUUGAACGCCAGUCCUAGCAAGUCAGCCGGAGCUAGAGGUGAAGGCGUGAUUGGUUGUUCAGGUUGGGAGGCCUCCAUAUAUGUUGACAGAUAUCUGCCAUUAAAUCGUUUAAAUCUUUCCCCCAAACCAACUCCUUCUAAUUUUCUAAAUCAUCGACAAUGGUUGUUUUCUUGAAUCUAAAGUUUUCUUAAGGGUUUCAUCCUCUGACACUUGAAUUGGCUAUUGCAUUAAAACCAGUACUUUUCACUAAUAAACUGACAGGCCUAAACAGUCCCACACAUUCAAUAAAUCUGCAAUUAUCUAUGGCCUUCUUUGACACUUAAAUUGCAAUUACAAACAUAGAACAUUUCUAUUCAGCCUGUAAUAAAGCCUGUAAUAUUCAGUCUGUAAUGAAGCCUGUAAUAUUCAACCUGUAAUGAAGCCUGUAAUAUUCAGCCUGUAAUAUUCAGCCUGUAAUGAAGCCUGUAAUAUUCAGCCUGUAAUGUUCAGCCUGUCAUGAAGCCUAUAAUAUUCAGCCUCUAAUGAAGUCUGUAAUAUUCAGCCUGUUAUGAAGCCUGUAAAAUUCAGCCUGUAAUGAAGCCUGUAAUAUUCAGCCUGUAAUGAAGCCUGUAAUAUUCAGCCUGUAAUAUUCAGCCUGUCAUGAAGCCUAUAAUAUUCAGCCUCUAAUGAAGUCUGUAAUAUUCAGCCUGUAAUGAAGCCUGUAAAAUUCAGCCUGUAAUGAAGCCUGUAAUAUUCAGCCUGUAAUGAAGCCUGUAAUAUUCAGCCUGUAAUCAUGUAAAAUGUAACAUCCAUCUGAGGGAGCCAAACCUGAGCUUUUUUGACAGAUAACCUAUGCCACAUAAAAAAGGACUCAUAAAACAGAGGGUUAUAAAUACAUCAUAUUUAGUGGUUUGCUUCCCCUGGUAUUACAUUGAAAUUAAAACAGAAUAAUGAUUAAUCAGUAUAGGUUAUUACAAGUGUGUAAAUAUACAUGAUUUUUGUUUUAGUAAUUACACAAUGUCUUGUUACACAUGAAAAUAAAACACAUUGGAAUUACA